AUGUCUUCCAGAAGUCCCAAAGAUUUAAUUAAAAGUAAAUGGGGACCAAAGCCUAGUAACUCCAAAUCAGAAGCUGCAUUAGAAAAAUUUAGGGGAGAAAUUGCAGCCUUAAAAACAUCGGUGGAUGAAAUUGCAAGCGGAAAAGGAAAGCUGACUGAUAAAGACAGACACAGACUUUUGGAGAAAAUUCGAGUCCUUGAAGCUGAGAGAGAGAAGAAUGCUUAUCGCCUCACAGAGAAGGACAAAGAAAUACAGCGACUCAGAGACGAGCUGAAAGCCAAACACAGCACUACUGCAUUGCUUGAACAGCUGGAAGAGAAAACAAAGGAAGGCGAAAGGAGGGAACAGCUGUUGAAAUCCUUGUCUGAAGAGGCAGAUGUAUUGAAAAAACAGUUGUCUGCUACAACUGCGAGACUUGCUGAACUUGAAGGCAAAGCUGAUACGCUUUGUUUAUCACAGACUGUGGCUGCAAGUUGCUUCAGUUCAUCAUUGAGUAAUCAUGAAAUGGAAAUACAGCUGAAAGAUGCUCUGGAGAAAAAUCAGCAAUGGCUUGUGUAUGAUCAGCAGCGAGAGGUCUACGUAAAAGGACUUUUAGCGAAGAUCUUUGAGCUGGAACAGAAAUUGGAAACAGAUGUUCAUGCACUCCCACAGGAGACAAAAAAGACUGAAUCAGAAGGUUAUCUUAAGGAAGAAAAGCAAAAAUAUUACAACCAUCUCUUGGCAAAUGCAAAAAACGAUCUUGAUGUGGAACGACAAACAAUAACUCAGUUGAAUUUUGAACUUAGUGAAUUUCGAAGAAGAUAUGAAGAAACCCAAAAAGAAGUGCAAGAUUUAAAUCAGCUGUUGUGUUCACAAAGAAAGGCAGAUGUACAACAUCUGGAAGAUGAUAGGCAUAAAACAGAGAAAAUACAAAGGCUCAAGGAAGAGAAUGAUCUUGCCAGGGAAAAACUUGAAGAAGAGAAGAAGAGAUCUGAAGAGCUCUUAUCUCAGGUCCAGUUUCUUUACACGACGCUGUUGAAGCAGCAAGAGGAGCAGACAAGGGUAGCUCUGUUGGAACAACAGAUGCAGGCAUGUACUUUAGACUUUGAAAAUGAAAAACUUGACCGUCAAAAUAUGCAGCAUCAAUUGCAUGUAAUUCUUAAGGAGCUCCGAAAAGCAAGAAAUCAAAUAACACAGUUGGAAUCCUUGAAGCAGCUUCGAGAGUUUGCCUUCACAGAGCCAUUAGUCACUUGCCAAGGAGAGACUGAAAACAGAGGAAAAGUUGGCUCACCAAAAAGUCCUACUGCUGCACUAAAUGAAAGCCUGGUGGAAUGUCCCAAGUGCAAUAUCCAGUAUCCAGCCACCGAACAUCGAGAUCUACUCGUCCAUGUUGAAUACUGUUCUGAGUAACAGUAUAAUUAUUCUUUGUUUUUGUGUCAAAAGAU